AUGGCAAAGAGUUUGCUCUUGGUUGGUUUCUUGUGUCUACUUCUUGCUUUUGCAGCAGCUGAUCAUAGCCCUCUCCAGGAUUUCUGCGUCGCUCAAGCCGGCAGUUCAGUGCUUGUGAAUGGACUGGCCUGCAAGGACCCGAAAAUGGUUCAGGCAAAUGACUUCUCCUUCAGUGGACUCCAUCUUCCUGGCAACACAUCCAAUGCGGUUGGCUCGAGGGUUACCCCGGUGUUCGCAGCUCAGCUCCCGGGUCUCAACACUCUCGGCAUCUCCUUGGCGCGCCUCGAUUACGCACCAUGGGGAAUCAACCCACCCCAUACUCACCCACGUGCCAGCGAGAUUUUGGUUGUCCAAGAAGGAACCCUGGAAGUAGGGUUCAUAACGUCCAACCCCGACAACCGCCUCAUCUCCAAGGUCUUGCAAAAGGGUGAUGCGUUCGUCUUCCCUCAAGGACUCAUUCAUUUUCAAAGAAAUAUCGGCACCGGAAAUGCUUUCGCUUUCGCAGCACUUGGAAGCCAAAACCCUGGGGUCAUCACCAUCGGUAAUGCCGUGUUUGGGUCUAAUCCUGAUGUUUCCGCAGACAUUCUUGCCAAAGCAUUCCAAGUUGAUAAAAGCGUUGUCAAUCAAAUUCAGUCUAAAUUCUAGAAAAGAGAUCGAUGGAGAAGUUCUGGUGAUUAAUGUUUCUAAUUGAAAAGU